UUUCCAGCUCUCACCGUCUCCAGAUUCCAGGCAUAAGAUGAAAGCCUCGGGUCUUGCAUUCAGCCUUCUCUCUGCUAUGUUUUACCUCCUCUGGACUCCUUCUACUGGGCUGAAGACUCUUCAUUUGGGAAGCUGUGUGAUCACCACAAACCUUCAGGAAAUACAAAGUGGAUUUUCUGAGAUACGGGACAGAGUGCAAGCCAGAGACGGAAACAUUGACAUCAGGAUUUUAAGGAGGAUGGGGUCUCUGCAAGACACAAAGCCUGCGGAUCAGUGCUGCCUCCUCCGUCACUUGCUGAGGCUCUAUCUGGACAGGGUAUUUAAAAACUACCAGACCUCUGACCAUCAUACCCUCCGGAAGAUCAGCAGUCUAGCCAAUUCCUUUCUUGCUAUCAAGAAGGACCUCCGUCUCUGUCAUGCCCACGUGACCUGCCAUUGUGGGGAGGAAGCAACGAAAAAGUACAGCCACAUUCUGAGUCACUUCGAAGAGCUCGAGCCUCAGGCAGCAGUGGUGAAGGCGUUGGGGGAACUAGACAUUCUUCUGCGAUGGAUGGAGGAGACAGAAUAGUACGGAAGUGAUGCUGCUGCUGAGAACACUGCAGGCCAAGAGUCCCCAUCCUCGGUACCCGGGCAAGCAUGGCCC